UAGCAUCCCAGGGUACCACAGGCACGGAAGACUUACCAGCCCAGCUGAGAGAGCCAACUGCUCUGCUGCUGUGGGGUGACAAUCUAGGAAAGACUUCCUCUUUGUGAUCCUUCCUUCGAGAGUGCCUGCGUGCAACCUGCUUUUGCCUGUCUCUCAUUUUGCUUGGGAAUUGUAUCUCCUGCUGCUCUUCGCUCCUUCUAGCUACAAAAGCUGCACACCAGGACAAAGCCCCAUUGCCCAGCCAGCAUGACUACCGAACUCAAUGAAUGCAGCAUCAAGGUGCUCUGUAGGUUCCGGCCCUUGAAUCAGUCGGAGAUCAUACGGGGAGAUAAAUUCAUCCCGGUUUUCCAGGGCGAUGACACAGUCAUCAUUGGGGGCAAGCCUUAUGUCUUUGACCGGGUCUUCCCACCCAACACCACACAGGAACAAGUGUAUCAUGCCUGUGCCAUGCAGAUUGUCAAAGAUGUGCUGGCUGGGUACAAUGGAACCAUCUUUGCCUAUGGGCAGACAUCUUCUGGAAAGACUCACACCAUGGAGGGCAAGCUGCAUGAUCCCCAGCUCAUGGGCAUCAUCCCACGCAUUGCUCAAGACAUCUUCAACCAUAUCUAUUCCAUGGAUGAGAAUCUGGAGUUCCAUAUUAAGGUUUCUUACUUUGAAAUUUACCUGGACAAAAUCCGUGACCUGCUAGAUGUGACGAAGACCAGUCUCUCCGUUCAUGAGGAUAAGAACCGUGUGCCAUUUGUGAAGGGCUGCACUGAACGGUUUGUCUCCAGUCCUGAAGAAAUCCUGGAUGUUAUUGAUGAAGGAAAAUCCAACCGCCACGUGGCUGUCACCAACAUGAAUGAGCACAGUUCUCGGAGUCACAGCAUCUUCCUUAUCAACAUUAAGCAGGAGAACAUGGAGACUGAGCAAAAACUGAGUGGGAAGCUUUACCUGGUGGAUUUGGCUGGCAGCGAAAAGGUCAGCAAAACUGGAGCUGAGGGAGCUGUGUUGGAUGAGGCCAAGAAUAUCAAUAAAUCUCUGUCGGCACUUGGGAAUGUUAUCUCAGCUCUGGCUGAGGGCACAAAAAGCUAUGUGCCCUACCGAGAUAGCAAGAUGACCCGUAUCCUGCAAGACUCCCUCGGUGGGAACUGCCGCACAACAAUGUUUAUCUGCUGCUCUCCUUCCAGCUAUAAUGAUGCCGAGACCAAAUCUACUCUCAUGUUUGGACAGCGGGCCAAGACCAUCAAGAAUACAGCAUCAGUGAAUCUGGAACUGACAGCAGAACAAUGGAAGAAGAAAUUUGAGAAGGAGAAGGAGAAGAACAAGAACCUCAAGGAGACAAUUGCCAAGUUGGAGGCUGAGCUAGGACGUUGGCGCAAUGGUGAGAAUGUCCCAGAAACAGAACAGUUGAGUGAUGAGGAGAAGGUGGUACCUGACACUUGUGAUGAGACACCCAUUAAUGAUAACAACUCCUCCAUCGUCAUCCGGAUCUCAGACGAGGAGAGGCAUAAGUAUGAGGAGGAGAUCCGCAAACUCUACAAGCAGCUUGAUGAUAAGGAUGAUGAAAUCAAUCAGCAGAGCCAACUGAUGGAGAAAUUAAAAGAGCAGAUGCUGGACCAGGAGGAGCUGCUAAUAUCCACUCGUGGGGACAAUGAAAAAGUGCAGCAGGAACUAAGCCAUCUGCAGUCUGAGAAUGAUUCUGCUAAGGAGGAGGUGAAGGAGGUAUUGCAAGCUCUGGAGGAACUGGCUGUCAACUACGAUCAGAAAUCCCAGGAGGUAGAAGAGAAGAGUCAGCAGAAUCAGCUGUUGGUGGAUGAGUUGUCUCAGAAAGUGGCCACCAUGUUAUCUUUGGAAUCAGAGUUGCAACGCCUACAGGAAUUCAGUGGGCACCAGCGCAAACGCAUUGCUGAGGUCCUCAACGGCCUUAUGAAGGAUCUGAGUGAAUUCAGCGUCAUUGUGGGCAACGGUGAGAUCAAACUGCCAGUAGAGAUUAGUGGUGCCAUUGAGGAAGAAUUUACUGUUGCCCGACUCUACAUCAGCAAGAUCAAAUCAGAAGUGAAGUCUGUGGUGAAACGUUGCCGCCAGCUGGAAGGUCUUCAAGUUGAAUGCCACCGCAAGAUGGAGGUGACAGGACGGGAACUGUCUUCCUGCCAGCUUCUCAUUUCUCAGCAUGAAGUCAAGAUCCGUUCGCUUACUGAGUACAUGCAGAGUGUGGAGCUGAAGAAACGGAACCUGGAAGAAUCCUAUGAUGCUCUGAGUGAAGAGUUAGCUAAACUGCAGGCCCAAGAGACGGUGCAUGACGUUGGCAAGGAGCAGGACCUGAUACAAGAUACAGAUGAAGUAAAAAAGGCCUUGGAAGUGCAGCUAGAGAGUCACCGCGAAGCCCACCACAAGCAGUUGGCACGCCUACGUGAUGAGAUCAACCAGAAGCAGAAAAUCAUUGAUGAGCUUAAAGACUUAAACCAGAAGUUAGAGCUUGAACUGGAGAAACUUCGUGCUGACUAUGAGAAACUCAAGAAUGAGGAGCAAGAGAAAACACAAAAGCUUCAGGAGCUGACAUUUCUCUACGAGCGCCACGAGCAGUCCAAGCAAGACCUCAAGGGGCUGGAGGAGACCGUUGCCCGUGAACUCCAGACCCUCCACAACCUUCGCAAGCUGUUCGUUCAAGACGUCACGACUCGAGUUAAGAAAAGUGCGGAGUUGGAACCCGAGGACAGUGGGGGGGCUCAUUCCCAGAAACAGAAGAUUUCCUUUCUUGAGAACAACCUGGAACAGCUUACAAAAGUUCACAAACAGCAAAACCAGUGCGACCAGGGCACUAUCCAGCUUCAUCCCCGACCAAUCCUUAUGGUGUCCGUAAUUCUGAUUGCAUCAGCUACACCAAUAGCCUCUUCCAGAAUUAUCAAAAUGCCUACCUGAAUUCUGGUGGCACUGUGCCUGACAGCUACUUUACAAGUGCACCUUCCAGCAGUGGAAGCAACUCCUCCACUGCCCCUCUGACCUCCUAUCAGAAGCUCAAUAUGGAUAAUGGAAAUGCCACAGACAUCAAUGAUAACAGAAGUGACCUGCCCUGUGGUGUUGAAGCUGAUGAGCAAGCCAAGCUCUUUCCCUUUCAUCAGGAGACUGCAGCCAGCUAAUACCUAGUAUCACCACCUGCCCAGAGCAUCUAAACUCACCAUCAGUUUCUAAAUGGGAUGGAAGCCUCACACCUGCAUGCUGCAGCCGGCUUUCCUUGACUUCUGCUACAAUUGGCCCUGUCCUUGUGUCCUGCUCUCUCCGUGUCCUGUAUAUUUAUCAGCUGCUGCUUCACUCUCACUGUUUCUCUGUCUUACUUACUUAACUAGAGAAUAAUGUAUUCCCUUAUCUCUUUGGAUCCCUGCUCCUUACUCCAGGAGGACUUGUGCCUCUCCUUUCCUGCCUCAGUUGCCUUAAGGGAUGGGCUGCCAGGAAAGAACCUAGAUGUAGAAGCACCCCUAAUGUGCAAACAAUUCUUGCCGAAGAGAAAGGGCAUAAAGUUUCCCACAUGUCGUAAUGACCCUUGACCUGCAGUACAACACCACCCACCCCAAUAUCUUUAGGUCUUACUGUAAGAAUAGAAGUUGAAUACCUCCAAGUAGGUAGGCUAGAACUGUUGUAGUGUAUGUAUUAGCUGACUUUCAGAUAAGGCCUAGAGCUUUAAAAUCUAGUUUUUAUCCUUUGGGGUAAUCCCCAAAGAAUAUAAAUAUUGGCAGCUAGCUUUACCUUUAGGAGUUUCCCAUGAUGCUUGAGCCUCAGCCCUUAUGGACUUAAAUUUCCCAUUUUUCGUAGGUCGCUAUGGCACUUCAGAAAUGGCCUUGGAAAGUCUUCUACAGAAAGGAGAUCCUGCUAGUCAUUUCCUUCAGUUGAUACAAUGUUAGGAACGCUGCCUAUCCUGAGCAGUUUUGUUUCCUCAGUGGGAACAGAAGGUUCCAAUGGGUGAGGACUUUAUCAGUGGGGACCCUAACUCAACUAAUGUUGAGCCAGCAACAUGGCCUCAGGAAUAUAAGUGGCCCCAUUUCAUUCUGUAAAGGAGAAACUAGAUAGUAGUUUUGCUUUUGCAGGGGCAGGGUUACAGUUUGUAGAACAGACCUGUUGGAUUUGACGGGUAAAUUCUCUAGCAAGUCCUAACCAACCAUAACCACUGCAUAUCUGGGGCACAGGCCGGGGCCUAAUGAUUCUGUAAAGUGAAACAAAAAAAAAAUUAGGCUGCUAUCAACAUUUUUUCAGUUGUUCCCUUUUAUCUCUUGAUAGCUGGCUCAGGGGCCUUUCAUUUGUGCUCCCAUGUGUAUAUUUUGAGGGAACAGUGAGUCCACUGCACAUCUUUAACUUAAUGUCACCACUUCUGAGUCAAUAGGGCGAACAGGGUUGGGAGACAGGGAAAAGUGGCUUUUACAAAGUAUUGCAAGCCUCUUUCCUGUCAAACUCUUAAAACAGCAAUAACCCUGUUUAACUGUCUUCUUGAUGGUUGUUGACAUCCUGUCAUUUUAUCCCUGUCUACUCAGAUCAC